AUGAGGUUGGCUUUUGUAUUGAAUUCCCUUUUCUAUUUUGUGGCUUUGCUAAUUCAAAAUCAAAUGUGUAAUGGCUGCAUAGAGAAGGAGAAAAUGGGCCUGCUCCAGAUCAAGGCCUACAUCGUAGCGCAUGAUGGUCAGUAUGCUAACUAUGAAUUGGAAUCAUGGGUUGAAGAUAGAGACAGCAAUUGUUGCGAUUGGGACAGAGUCAGAUGCUCAACUGGUCACGUAACACAUCUCGACUUGUCUAACUUGUACGCUUCGGUAAUGUUAAACGUUUCAAUAUUUGGUCCAUUUGAAGAGUUGCACAGCCUCGACUUCUCUUACAACCGUUGUGAAGGCUGGAUUGCCAAUGAAGGACUUCCAAUAUUGAAGAAGUUGGAGACCCUGGACCUUUCAGGAAACUCUCUAAAUAACAGCAUCUUGCCAAGUUUGAAUGGAUUACCAUUGCUAAGAACUUUGAACCUCCGUUCCAAUAAAAUUGAUGAUUUUAAAGACCUUGUUUCUUUUGAAGGAUUUCCACGAUUGAACAAGUUGAAGACCCUAGACCUUUCAGGAAACUGGCUAAAUAACAGCAACUUGCCAAGUUUGAAUGGAUUACCAUUGCUAAGAAGUUUGAAGCUCCGUUACAAUUCUUUUUCAUGUUUACUUGCCACAGAUUUUGCCAAUUUUAGCCAGUUGGAACUGCUGGACCUAAGUUUCAAUCAUAUGGAGGGUUCCAUAGAUGGCAGAGGUCUUCAGAAAUUGGGAAACUUAAAAGUUUUAGACUUGUCUGGAAAUUAUUUGAACGGAAUUUGCAAAAUGAAGGAUCUUGUAGAGCUGGAUCUUAGCAGCAACAAGUUUAGUGGUCCAAUUUCAGGGUGUUUAAGUAUAUUAAGGAACCUCCAAGUCCUUGAUCUCUCUCAUAAUAUGUUCAGUUGCAAUUUUCCAUCAUUCACAAGCAAUCUCACAUCUCUCGUGUACUUGUCUUUCCUUGACAAUUACCUACAAGGAUCAUUUUUAUUGAGCACCUUGGCUAACCAUUCCAACCUUCAGGUUCUGUAUAUUAAUUCUCUAAGUCCUGGUGCACAUGUUGAAACCGAAAAGACUCAGUGGGUUCCAACAUUUCAAUUAAAAUCCCUCAUCCUUCAAAGCUGCAAGUUAAACAUGGAUAAAGGAAGGACCAUUCCUAGUUUUCUUCUAUAUCAAAAAGACCUGCAAUCUAUUGAUCUCUCCCACAACAAAUUAGUUGGAGCAUUCCCAAGUUGGUUGAUACAAAAUAAAAACUUAUCCAUCCUAGAUAUAUCAAACAACAAUAUCAAUGGUUUCCUGCCAAAAAAUAUUGGUACUUUCCUUCCUGAGAUUAAGAUGUUGAAUAUGUCAAAGAAUAACUUUGAAGGAAAUAUACCUGCAUCAAUUGGUAAAAUGCAACAAAUUUCCUUUUUGGAUUUGUCUGACAAUUCCUUCUCGGGUGAGUUACCGGAACAACUAGCCACAAAUUGGACUAACCUGGAAACCUUGAAGCUUUCUAAUAACUUUCUCCAAGGGAAUAUUCCUAGAUUUUCUAAUUUGUACGAGUUGUAUCUCAACAAUAACAAGCUCUAUGGCACUCUUAAAGAAGUGUUGGAAAAUUUAAACAGUGGAGAAUUGGCAUUAUUAGACAUAUCCAAUAAUUCAAUCUCAGGUGAAAUUCCUGCUUCAAUUGGGAAGUUUUCAUCACUCGGGAUUCUUCUUAUGGCAAAAAAUCAAUUAGAAGGUGAGAUCCCAUUUGAGUUUUCCAACCUGACAUACCUUUUUAUGUUAGAUCUUUCUCAAAAUAGAAUAUUAGGGUCAAUCUCGAGUAUGAAUCUUUCAUACAUGAGAUACUUGUAUUUGCAAAAGAAUGCUUUCUCAGGCUCUAUACCUUUCACAUUUUCUGAGGGACCAAAGCUAGUAACUCUAGACUUGAGAGAUAAUAAUUUUUCUGGGAGUAUCCCUUAUUGGAUGGAUAAGCUGUCAAAUCUAAGAGUGCUUUUAUUAGGAGGGAACAAUUUUCAUGGUCAUAUCCCAAUCCAAUUAUGUCAAUUGAAUGGUAUCACCAUUAUGGAUCUCUCACUCAACAAGCUGAAUGGUUCAAUACCAUCUUGCUUCAAUAAUUUGUCAUUUGGAAUGCUAGAAACUUAUAAUCAUGACCCUAUAUUUGAAUUCCCAUGGCCAACAUCUGCACUUGAAGGCACAACCUUUUUUGAUUCUAGAAACUUCCUUAAUGUAAGUGUGUCAUUGUAUAAAGUGUAUCCACAGAAUAUGCUUUCUGGUGAGAUGGUAUCCUUUUAUGAGGUAAUAGCAACAAUUGUGGAAUUUAGAACGAAGAGUAACUACUACUCUUAUGGAGGCAACAUCCUAGAGAACAUGACUGGAUUGGAUUUAUCAUGUAAUAUGUUAAGUGGGAUCAUCCCUUCUCAAAUUGGAAACAUGCAACAAAUUCAUGCCUUGAACCUAUCCCAUAAUUAUUUGUUAGGUUCUAUACCAAACACUUUUUCCAAUCUUACCCAGAUAGAGAGUCUUGACUUGUCCUACAACAACUUGUGCGGUGAGAUACCUUCUCAACUAACACAGUUGAACUUUUUAUCAAUCUUGAAUGUGUCAUACAAUAAUCUAUCUGGAACACCACCAAGUACAGGACAAUUUGGAGACUUUGAUGAGGACAACUACAGAGGUAAUCCUGGUCUCUGUGGACCACUACUGAAGCAGAAGUGUGAAGGUGUUGCAACUCCGCCAUCAUCAGAAUCCAACAACACGGUAGCAAAGGAAACAACAGUGGACAUGGAAGCAUUCUAUUGGAGUUUUUGUGCAUCCUAUAUAACAAUACUGUUGGGGUUCAUAAUGGUGCUCUACAUAAAUGCUUAUUGGCGCAUGGCCUUGUUUUAUUAUAUGGAGACCGAGUCUGUUGAUCAGGUGAUGCCUCAACUAGAGGCUGUAGACACCCAUCUCCGUAGGACUUUUACGGUUAGUCGUCCACCUAAGAGGUACAAAUUUAUGAUUGAGAAUCAGCAAACCGUUGAGGAUAACGAGCCUACUUCCUACACUGAGGUCUUCAAAAGGAAGACUGAUGUUGAUGGCAACAUCCAAACCUAUAAAGCUAGGCUAGUUGCAAAGGGCUAUCAUCAAAGGCAAGGCAUUAACUUUGAGGAAACCUUCUCACCCGUUGCUAAGAUAAAAUCUAUUAGGAUCAUAUUAGCCAUAGUCGCGUAUUAUGAUUAUGAGGUUUGGCAGAUGGAUGUAAACACCGCCUUCUUGAAUGGUUUCUUGAAGGAGAAAGUGUAUAUGACACAACCUGAAGAAUACAAAGCAGCUUCAGAAGCGACUAAGGAGGCAGUCUGGAACAAGAAGUUUGUUAUUGAACUUGGAGUGGUUCCUAGCAUUGUUGAUCCAAUACCUAUGUAUUGUGACAACACCGGAGCUAUAACUCAAGGUAAGGAACCUAGUUCUCAUCAGAGGUCUAAGCAUGUGCUCCACAAGUAUCACCUCAUCCAAGAGAUUGUUGAAAGACUGGAGAUAAAGAUGGACUACGUUCCCACCGAUGAUAAUUUUCCCGAUUCUCUGACGAAGUGUCUCUCUUAG